AGAAGAAAGUAGCCGAUAGCCUUAUCUAUCUAGUCGCAGUAUCUACUAGCCAGUGGGCUAUCGCUGCUGCUUUUUCGUUACUACCAACAUCUUUUCCAAGUAGAACUGCUCAGCAAAUGGCGUCUUCUUUAUGCUUUACACCUCUCACCUCCUUCAAUAAACCCAUUACCAAACCUGGGGCUGUUACUUGCACCCACGCUGGAAGAAAGAUUGAUUGGAUCUCUGAUAUUAGCCGUGGCUCUAGAGUUCAAACCAUUAGAGCUUUGGAGGUGAAGGCCACAGACGAUAAUAAAAGCACUAAAGUAAACAGCAUCGUAUGUGCUGAUUGUGAGGGAAAUGGUGCAAUAUUGUGCUCACAAUGCAAAGGCACCGGUGUCAACUCUGUCGACCAUUUCAAUGGACAGUUCAAAGCCGGGCAACUAUGCUGGCUUUGCAGAGGUAAGAAGGACAUUCUAUGUGGCAGCUGCAAUGGAGCGGGCUUUAUUGGUGGAUUUAUGAGCACUUUUGAUGACUAGAGAGAGUUCUGAAUAAUGCAAUGCAUCUACUGUUGUUGUAUGCCACCAAAAUGUUGUGCAUUAUUGUAUUUUUGUUCUAGUCUUUGUUUAGAUGCCUAAUAGAUGAUACCUUUUCAAUUUUGCAUAAAAAUAUGCUCUGGUAUUUUUAUUUUUAAAUUUUUAUUUGUGUUGGAGAAGGCUAGUUGUGUAAUUGCCUUGGACAAAUGAAAGUGAGGGUCCAUAAACUUAAAGUUGAAUACCAUUGUGGUUGAUGUUAA